UCAACAUUUCUAGUUCUCAAGGAUUUGUCUCUUCAAACGGCGCUGUUUACAAUUGUGAUUCUGCUCAACUAACAUUUACAGUACAUGUACCGUCUAAGAAUCCAGACAAAAAAAUGGAAGACGAAAAGAGGCUUUCUUUAGCAGAGGAAAACUUCUGCAGAAAUGAAACAGUUUCUCCCGAGUCAGUUUUAUUUAACACAUUCUAUCAAUUGAGAAUACCUAUAGAUGACAAAGAAAGAGAUUUGAAUCAGAAGAUUCAGAUACUUGACAAUGAGAUAGCUCACUGCAAGGAGUUACUGUUAUCAGUCAACUGUAAAAUUGGGAAGUUAGCCCUUGCAAGAUUGUUGAUGGCACGUGACAAAUUGGUGCCAUAUGAUGGCACAAAUGCUUGCAACCAGUAUGGAGAAGUUCUUCAGUUGUACAAUGAUUUAGUGAAAUUGGAUCCAGCACACGUUCAAUACUAUAAAGACGAAUACAGCUGUGUUUUACUCAAACAGUUACUCUGCAAUCAAGAUUCGUUGCUGGAAUGCUGUCAUCAAUAUCAAGAACCAUCUUCUUCGACCCCUUAUAAUUAUUUAUGUUUGCGUCUAAAUAAUCUCUCGCUCUCCCGACUUGGAUGUGUUGAGAGACUUCUUUGGGUGCAGAUCCUUGAUCUUAGUGGUAACCAACUUCGGUCCAUCAAAGGUUUGGAGGCAAUUCAGCAACUCGUUUGCCUAAACCUAAGCAAGAACUUGCUUUGCAGUUUCACAGCAUUAGAGCCUUUAAAGCAUCUUAGAUUGCUAAAAGUACUGGACAUCUCAUACAACGACAUCGGCGCACAUCCUAUUGACACAAAAAGGUACCUUUGUUCUUCUCCCCUGUGCCAUUCUAGUGGAAGCGCCUGGAACCUUGACGAAUUCAUGACUGACCAUUGGGAAGUGCUCUUGGUUUUUAAGAAUUUGAAUCUGACACAACUAGAUAUCAUGGGAAACGCUGUUUCUGACGAUAAAAAUUUAAAGUUGUUGCUAUUUGAGCUGAUGCCAGCACUCAAAUGGCUUGAUGGUCAGGAGUUGAGAUGAUUUUCAAGUGCCCUUUAAGGUCAUGUUUGGUUAGAGCCUUGGAGGUAAAGAAAGGGGAACAGCAUGUAUACUGUGCUACAACAUUUUUCUUGUACUACUACGGGUUACAUGUUUUGCCUUUGUUGAUUAAUAGACUUGUUGAGGAUCUUCGAGGGAACAAGUGAACACAUUCAAGUGAAAUAGAGUGAUGUUAUA